AUAGUGAAGACCAGGGGCGAGAAAGAGAGACUCGAGAAAUCGAAACCAGGGUUAGUUGAAAGGUUGAAAUGAACUGACUAUAGUAAAGUUCAGUCGUCUUUAUCCACUUUUCUUCUUACUGCAUUUUUCCAAAUAAUUAAUUCUUCAAUAAUGUAUGUAUCCUACACUUUAUCCAUUCUCGCUGCAUUUAAUUAUCUCUAUCCUAAUUUCUCCCCUCUCUCUCUCUCUCUCUCUCUCUAAAAGCCUGUAAUCUCUCGCACUUUCUCUCUCUAAAAAAACUAUAUCCAUAUGCACAAGUUUCUAAUUCGUGUUCUCUCGCGUGCACACUCUCUCUCUCUACACCUUUUCGUGGAAAGCAAAUGGCGAAACUCUUAACCGGUGCUGACGUGGACAGAAUUUUCUGAUUAUCCGGAAUUUGAUAAUUUAAGCUAUUUGAGAAAAAAAACAGAGGAUUAGGUAUAAUCAUACCGGUUUCUUCUUAAAUAGGCCUGUGGAUAAAUUAUUUCUUGCAAAUCAGUAUUCGAAGAAAUCACUGAGCAGAACUACAACCAUGACAGUAAAAUCAUCCGGAAGUUUUUCGGAAUUAGCUUCAGGAGAAUUACUAGAGAUUCCUCAAACUCCUAGAGGUCUUCCGAGGGUGAUGACUCUUCCCGGAAUUAUAUCCGACACAAACACAACCAUUGACGUGGACUCAGACACAACGUCGUCUUCUUGUCGUGAACGAAAAAUCAUAGUCGCAAACAUGUUACCUCUGCAUUCGCAAAAAGAUUGCGAAACUGGCAAAUGGCGCUUCAGUUUGGACGAGGAUUCACUUCUCUUACACUUGAAAGAUGGCUUUCGGCCCGACACCGAAGUCUUGUACGUGGGGUCCCUCAAAGUUGAAAUAGAAGCCUUCGAGCAGGAAGAAGUUGCGCAGAGGCUUCUUGAAGAAUUCAAAUGUGUGCCAACUUUCUUACCUCACGAUAUCCAAAAGAAGUUCUAUUACGGUUUCUGUAAGCAACAGCUUUGGCCACUUUUCCAUUACAUGCUACCUGUCUGUCCGGACCAUGGAGAUCGCUUUGACAGACAGCUUUGGCAAGCAUACGUGUCUGCAAAUAAGAUUUUCGCCGAUAAAAUCAUGGAAGUAGUCAAUCCAGAAGACGAUUUUGUCUGGAUUCACGAUUACCACCUUAUGGUACUCCCUACAUUUCUUAGGAAGCGGUACAAUCGAGUCAAGCUCGGCUUUUUUCUCCACAGCCCGUUUCCUUCGUCUGAGAUUUACAGGACAUUGCCCGUUAGAGACGAAAUUCUGAAAGGAUUACUGAAUUGUGAUUUAAUAGGUUUUCACACAUUCGACUAUGCUCGGCAUUUUCUUUCUUGUUGCAGUAGAAUGCUUGGGCUGGACUAUGAAUCCAAAAGGGGGCAUAUUGGACUCGAUUACUUUGGCCGCACGGUGUAUAUAAAAAUUCUCCCAGUAGGUAUCCACAUGGGUCGACUCGAAUCCGUGUUGAACAUGCCAUCUACGUGCAAGAAAGUCAAAGAGAUAAGUAUUAAGUUCAAGGGCAAGAAACUAAUUCUUGGAGUCGAUGACAUGGAUAUAUUCAAAGGCAUCAGUCUGAAGCUGCUAGCGUUCGAGCAGCUCUUGCAGCAACACAACGAGCUGCGAGGAAAAGUUGUUCUGGUCCAAAUCAUAAACCCUGCUAGAAGCUCCGGAAAAGAUGUCCAGGAAGCGAAAAAGGAAACCUACACAACUGUCAAAAGAAUCAACGAGAUGUACGGACUCCCUAAUUAUGAACCCGUGAUAUUGAUUGACCGUCACGCCCCUCGCUACGAAAAAACGGCGUAUUACGCUUUAGCAGAGUGCUGCAUAGUAAAUGCGGUGAGGGAUGGUAUGAACUUGGUACCGUACAAGUACAUAGUCUGCAGACAGGGCUCUUCAACUAUGGACGAAGCCAUGGGUGUAAAGGUAAAUUCCGCAAGAACUAGCACGCUUGUUGUGUCUGAAUUCAUCGGUUGCUCACCGUCUUUGAGUGGUGCAAUAAGGGUUAAUCCAUGGGAUAUAGACUCAGUUGCUGAGGCAAUGAAUAUGGCAGUUACAAUGCCUGAUGCAGAAAAGCAACUUCGGCAUGAAAAGCACUACGGUUAUGUAAGUUCGCAUGACGUGGCUUAUUGGGCACGCAGCUUCAUGCAGGACUUGGAGAGGGCUUGUAAGGAUCACUAUGACAAGCGGUGUUGGGGUAUUGGUUUGGGCCUCGGUUUUAGAGUUAUUUCGCUCUCUCCUAGUUUUAGGAAGUUAUCUGUUGACCAUAUUGUCUCUGCUUAUAAAAGAACAAGCAGAAGGGCGAUAUUUCUUGAUUAUGAUGGUACAGUUGUGCCUCAAUCCUCCAUUGUGGGGUCACCCAGUGGUGAUGUGGUGAGUGUGCUCAGUUCUCUAUGUAAUGAUCCGAAUAAUACGGUGUUUAUUGUUAGUGGGAGAGGGAGGGCUUCGUUGACUGAUUGGCUUGCUCCGUGUGAGAAAUUGGGUCUUGCUGCUGAACAUGGGUAUUUUAUAAGGUGGAAUAAAGAGUGUGAUUGGGAAGCGUUGGUUUCUGAUCUUGAUUGGAAGGAGAUUGUGGAACCGAUUAUGAAGCAGUACACGGAAGCGACGGAUGGAUCUUCGAUGGAGAUUAAAGAUAGUGCGUUGGUGUGGCAUCAUCAUGAUGCAGACCCCGAUUUUGGCUCCUGCCAGGCGAAGGAACUGUUGAAUCAUUUGGAGAAAGUUCUUUCGAACGAACCUGCUGUCGUUCGGAGGGGACAACAUAUUGUAGAAGUUAAACCACAAGGAGUGACGAAAGGAUUAGUUGCUGAGAAGGUUCUCUCAAUGAUGGCCAACAAUGGCAAGGCGCCGGAUUUUGUGAUGUGCAUCGGAGAUGACAGGUCAGACGAAGACAUGUUCGAGAGCAUAUCAAGUACAGUCUCAAGUUCAUCUGUCCCUUCAUUGCCAGAGAUAUUUGCUUGCACUGUCGGCCAAAAACCGAGCAAGGCCAAAUAUUAUCUCGACGACACUGCUGAUGUCAUCAGGCUUCUUGAAGGCCUUGCCAUUGCAUCGAAUCCAAAGCCUCACCAAACCACCGCACAUUUUAAGGUUGCCUUUGAUAAUGUUUUCUUACAGCUGGAUCUGGUAGAGCUAUCCCGGAGCUUCAGAACGGACUCAAUCAUGAAUCCCUUUUCCUCCGGCACCCGGCUGAGGGACAUGAUUCGGGCUAUACGUGCCUGCAAAACUGCAGCCGAGGAACGCGCUGUUGUAAGAAAAGAAUGUGCUUCAAUUCGAGCUGCAAUUAGUGAAAAUGACCAAGAUUAUAGGCAUCGCAAUUUGGCAAAGCUCAUGUUUAUUCACAUGCUUGGUUACCCAACACAUUUUGGUCAAAUGGAAUGCCUGAAGUUAAUUGCAUCACCAGGAUUCCCAGAGAAAAGAAUUGGAUAUCUUGGCCUUAUGUUGCUUCUUGAUGAAAGACAGGAAGUUCUGAUGCUGGUUACAAACUCAAUAAAACAAGAUCUAAAUCACACCAACCAGUAUAUUGUUGGACUUGCUCUUUGUGCUUUGGGAAAUAUCUGUUCUGCAGAAAUGGCUCGGGAUCUUGCUCCAGAAGUUGAAAGAUUACUUCAAUUUAGAGAUCCUAAUAUACGUAAAAAAGCAGCAUUAUGUUCUAUAAGAAUAAUAAAGAAAGUUCCCGACCUGGCAGAGAACUUUAUUAACCCUGCAGCCUCCUUGCUGAAAGAAAAGCACCAUGGAGUUUUGUUAACGGGAGUCCAGCUUUGUACAGAUAUGUGUAAUGUUAGUAGCGAGGCUCAUGAGCAUUUCAAAAAGAAAUGCAUAGACGGCUUAGUCAAAGUUCUAAAGGACCUUACAAAUAGUCCAUAUGCACCUGAGUAUGACAUUUCUGGGAUUUCAGAUCCUUUUCUUCAUAUUAGAUUGCUCAAGCUAUUGCGCGUGUUGGGCCAAGGAGAUGCUGAUGCUAGUGAUAUUAUGAAUGAUAUUCUUGCCCAGGUGGCAACCAAAACCGAGUCGAACAAAAAUGCAGGGAAUGCUAUCCUCUACCAAUGUGUUGUUACAAUCAUGAGUAUUGAAGAUAAUGGAGGGUUAAGGGUACUUGCUGUCAAUAUUUUGGGAAGAUUUUUGUCUAGCCGCGACAACAAUAUCAGAUAUGUCGCAUUGAAUAUGUUGAUGAAAGCUAUUGCCUUAGAUAGUCAAGCAGUGCAGAGGCAUCGGGUCACAAUUCUGGAAUGUGUAAAGGAUUCAGAUGCUUCAAUUCGUAAAAGGGCCCUCGAGCUUAUUUAUCUUCUGGUAAAUGAAAACAAUGUGAAGUUAUUGACGAAAGAACUUAUCGACUAUCUUGAAGUAACCGACCCAGAUUUUAAAGAAGACCUCACAGCAAAAAUUUGCUCUAUUGUGGAGAAGUUUUCCCCUGAGAAACUAUGGUACAUAGAUCAGAUGCUCAAGGUUUUAUCAGAGGCUGGUAACUUUGUAAAGGAUGAUGUGUGGCAUGCCCUUAUUGUUGUAAUCACUAAUGCUCCUAACCUCCAUGGGUACACUGUACGAUCACUGUACAAGGCUGUGCAAACAGCAGGUGAUCAGGAAACUCUUGUUCGAGUUGCGGUUUGGUGCAUCGGAGAAUAUGGGGAGCUAUUGGUUAGCAAUACAGGAGUGCUCGAUGUAGAGGAUCCAAUAACCGUAACAGAGGCUGAUGCACUGGAUGUUGUUGAAACUGCUAUUGGAAAUCCUUCCUCGGAUCUCACAACUCGAGCUAUGUGCUUAGUUGCUUCGUUGAAGCUAUCAAGUCAUUUUCCCUCCUGUUCGAAGAGGGUAAGUGACAUUGUCCGUCAUCAUAAAGGAAGCCUUGUGCUGGAACUGCAACAGAGAGCGAUUGAAUUCAAUUCUAUUAUCGAGAAGCAUGGAAAAAUCAGGUCUACCUUGGUUGAAAGGAUGCCAGUACUCGACGAGGCAACCUUUAGUGGGAGGAGAGCUGGUUCCAUGCCACCUUCCGUGUCAACUUCACAAGGAGCUCUACCCAAAAUUCCUAACGGAGUUGCAAAACCCACUUCAGCUCCGCUCGUUGAUUUACUCGAUUUUAGUUCCGAUGACAUUCCGGUACCUGGCGGCUCUGGCGGAGAUUUCCUUCAGGAUCUUCUUGGAGUUGAUAUCUCGCCAUCUCCUUCACAAGUAACAAGUGGGACCCAAAAAAGCGGUACGGAUGUGUUGUUGGACCUUUUGUCAAUUGGAACUCCUCCAGCUCAAAGUAACCUAUCCACGCUCGAUAUUUUAUCGCCCAGUCAAGAUAUCAAAAGUCCAGUGGAUGUGUUGACCAAAUUGGCCUCCCCUUCACCUUCAGCACAAACCUCUACCCCUGUUGGAGGUUCUUCAAUGCUCGAUUUGUUGGACGAUUUUGGAACUACUCUGUCAUUGCCUGUUGCAGAAACCAAUGGGCCAACCUAUCCAGCGAUUAUUGCAUUCGAAAGCAGUUCCUUAAAAGUAACUUUUAACUUCUCGAAAGAACCUGGCAGCCCACAGACCACUCUAAUCGAGGCUCGUUUUACAAAUAAAUCGCCCAAUGCAUACUCAAAUUUUGUGUUCCAAGCUGCUGUCCCCAAGUUUCUUCAAUUGCAUUUGGAUCCAGCUAGCAGCAAUACACUUCCUGCAAAUAGCAACGAUUCCAUCACACAGAAAUUACGAGUUUCAAACAGUCAGCAUGGCAAGAAAUCACUGGUCAUGCGUUUAAGGAUAAAUUACAAGGUGAACGAUAAAGAUGUUUUGGAGGAAGGACAAAUCAACAAUUUCCCUCGUGAUUUGUGAGUUCGAUAAUUCUCUCACUGGAGAAGCAUCUUUCUUUCACUGUUUAUAGAGCCAAAAUUAUGUACAUUGUUAAAAGAAAAAACGAAAAAAAAAAAAAAUCCUUCAUUUUCCCCCUCAUUUAUUUUUCGAUUUUGUAACCUAAUUUAUUAUAGAACCCAUACUCGAUUUUAGAAAAAAAAAACAUUUUUGUAGUAUAUAGACUUCCGAAGAAUAUACCCUCGAUUAUGUGAAUCUUUAUGAAUUUUUUUAAAACGAAUGUAGACUUUUAAUUAUGCAUUAAUUCCAUUUUUC